GAUGAUGUUGAUGUCAUUGUUGAUUGUUGUAUACAGGGAGUCAAGACUUGUAAACUUAAUUUAUGUUUAGAUGUGGCAUACCAUAUUUACAGGAAGGGUGACUAUCACAGGUACCUUGCUGAGUUCAAGAAAAGAGUUGAGCAUAAGGAGGCUACUGAGAAUACCCUGUUGGCUUACAAGUCUGCUCGGGACAUUGCUCUUGCUGAAUUGGCCCCUACUCAUUCCAUUAGGCUUGGGCUUGCUCUAAACUUCUCUGUGUUCUAUUAUGAGAUUUUGAAUUCACCUGACCGUGCCUGCAAUCUUACAAAACAGGUAUCUUUACUAAACCUUAACUUUCUGCGAGACCUUAACCUUAACCUAACCUUAUUAACUACAAACCUUGAGGAGGAGAGUGGUGACGAGAUUAAGGAAGCUGAAGGAAAGCGUGAAUCAAGCGAACAACAGUGA